AUGCAAUGCUAUACAGAGGUACUGCCUCCCUCGGGAGUGACGCACGCUGUGUCCGCUGCCUUCACCUCGGCGGCUGCGAAUAAUCUCGUGGUGAUCAAGACAUCUCUCCUCCAGAUCUACGCUCUGGUCAAUGAUACACCCACGCCGGCAACAGAGGGUACCCAGCAGACUCUUGACGCAAAAUCUGCGAACCUGAACUUGCUCGCCGAGUAUGAGCUCUACGGGACUGUGACUGACGUCGCCCGCAUCAAAAUCCUCAAGUCAAAGAGCGGCGGAGAUGCCCUUCUUUUAUCCUUCAGAAAUGCAAAGCUCAGUCUGAUUGAGUGGAAUCCCGAGACGCAGGGAAUAUCCACUGUGUCGAUUCACUAUUACGAAAAAGAUGAUAUUACACUGAGUCCGUGGGUCGCAGACCUCAGCAAUUGUGAUAGCCAUCUCACUGUGGAUCCCAGUAGCCGGUGUGCUCUGCUGAAUUUCGGGUUACGGAAUCUUGCUAUUCUUCCAUUUCACCAGGCAGGUGAUGACUUGGUUAUGGGUGAUUAUGAUCCAGACAUUGACCUAGACCGCCACAUUAACCAGGAGGAGAGCAAAAAUGUCUCGGACAGCAAAACUGGGCCAGAUGGCGCUGUGGCCCACCAGACUCCCUAUGCAGCUUCUUUUGUACUGCCGUUGACUGCUCUGGAUCCGAGCCUGAUACAUCCAAUCGGGCUGACAUUCCUGCAUGAAUACAGAGAGCCAACAUUUGGCAUUCUCUACUCACCAAUAGCCACCUCAUCUGCACUACUUGAAGAACGCAAAGAUGUCGUUAUGUAUUCUGUCUUCACGCUAGAUCUAGAACAGCGCGCCUCCACGCCUCUCUUGUCCAUCUCAAAACUACCAAGCGACUUACUACACAUAGUGGCCCUGCCGGCUCCUGUCGGAGGUGCUCUACUCAUCGGAUCCAAUGAGUUGAUUCACGUGGACCAAUCUGGAAAACCCAACGCUGUGGCGGUCAAUGAGUUUGCAAAACAGGUGUCAGCAUUUCCCAUGAUCGACCAGUCGGACUUGGGUUUACGACUGGAAGGCUCCGUUGUUGAGGUUCUCAACAAUGAGAGUGGUGAUUUGCUUCUUACUCUCUCGACGGGGGACUUGGUUUUGGUCCAUUUCAAAAUAGAUGGAAGAUCGAUUUCGGGCCCCGUUGUCUAUCCCAUCCCUGCGACUUCGGGAGGUGACAUUAUUACCGCUGCCGCCUCUUGUUCAGUUGCUCUUGGUCGUGGCAAGGUUUUCAUAGGCAGUGAAGAUGCCGAAUCUGUUCUUCUCGACUGCUAUGUCCCCGCGAUGGCCUCUAAGAAGAGCAGCCCGGUUGAAUUCGAUGAGGAGAUGAAUGAAGAUGAAGACGACAAUGACAUCUAUGAAGAUGAUCUGUAUUCAACAGCACCGAAGGAAACAACCAAUAUGCGUCUGUCAAAUGGGUCUCACCCGGGAAAUUAUUCAUUCAAAGUUAUUGAUAAGCUACUGAGUUUGGGUCCUUUGCGUUCGGUUACUUUGGGAAAAUCUCCGUCAGGUGGUUCUGAUGUGGGCGACGUACGAGGCAAUAUUAAUGAUUUAGAGCUUGCAGCAGCUUACGGAUCUCGCACAGGCGGCGGCGUUGCUAUAUUGCAACGCACACUUCAUUUAGAAGAUGCUCUUACUUUUGAAGACGAAACUGCUGACAGCGCAUGGAAUAUUACUACGAACCGCACGAAAACUGGACAUGCUAGUUCAAACGAAGCAACCCUACCUGACUCUUAUGUUAUUCUUGCCAAGUCGGACUCGCCUGAGAAAGAAGAAUCACUUGUUUAUGCUUUUAAUAGCGGUAAUUUGGAGCCGUACAAUGCCCCCGACGUCAACCCAAAUGGAGAUAGCACUGUCGAUAUCGGUACCCUUGCUGGGAACAACCGUAUUGCUCAGGUGCUGACGGGCGAGGUGAGGGUAUAUGAUAAUAGACAAAUUGCUGACAUUCUUGUAGAUCUUGGACUCGCUCAGAUAUAUCCUGUCUGGGACGAGGAUGACGGCGAUGAGCGAAUAGCAGUUAGUGCUAGCUUCGCAGACCCAUAUCUUCUCAUAAUCAGAGACGAUUCAUCUGUCCUGCUUCUCCACUCAGACGAAGCUGGUGAUCUGGAUGAGUUGACUGGUAAUGACACUAUAUCCUCACAAUCCUGGCUUUGCGGAUGCCUCUACACGGAUAGACAUCACGUUUUCCUAGAUGCCUCCGAAGAUAUAAUCUAUCUUUUUCUGCUUAAUCACGAGUGCAGGUUGUUUAUGUUCCGUUUGCCUACCAUGGAACUUGUCACUGCCACAGAAGGUGUCGAUUACGUAUCAUCAAUUCUGUCAGCCGAACCACCAGCGAAACGUCUUAAUUCUCGUGAAACUAUUGCAGAAAUCUUAGUUGCAGACUUGGGUGAACUACCCUUGGUAUCGCCCUAUCUCAUAAUACGGACGGCCACAGACGAUUUUAUUAUUUAUAGACCAUUUCGCGACAGCAGCAAUGAGGAGAAGAGUGGCGGCGGCUUUAAAUACCUGAGAGAAACCAAUCAUUUCCUUCCCAAAGUGCCGACAGAAGCAACAUCAACGCCCACACCUCAAAAAAGGGCGCCAGGACUUCGUCGUCUGCCUAAUAUAGGUGGAUUUGCCGCUGCUGUUAUGUCCGGGGCCUCUCCGAGCUUGAUAGUCAGGACAUCAAAGAGUCUGCCGCAUGUUUUCGGCAUUCAUAGCGAAUCCGCUCUUAGCUUGAACGGAUUCAAUAGUGUUGGAUGUGAAAACGGUCUUAUAUAUAUCGAUAAUGAGCGUGUCAUUCGAACUUGUCAGCUGCAAGACAAUACACAGCUUGAUCUCUCAUGGCCAAUUCGAAGAAUUGCUUUGAAUGAACAGGUUGACCAUUUGGCUUAUUCUACCAGUUCGGGGACAUAUGUUGUUGGUACAACUGAAGAACAAGACUUUAAGCUGCCCGAUGAUGAUGAGCUUCAUCCAGAGUGGCGCAGUGAAGCCAUCUCUCUAUUACCCAAAGUCGCGCAUGGCCACAUUAAACUGCUUAAUCCAAAGACCUAUAAAAUUAUUGACAGCUAUUCAUUCAGCCCAGCGGAACAAAUAACAGCCGUUGAGAAUAUCAACCUGGAAAUAUCCGAGAAGACAAAUGAGCGCAAAGAUGUCAUUGUCGUAGGGACCACACUCGCAAAGGGCGAGGAUAUUGCAGCGCGAGGAAAUAUAUACGUGUUCGAUGUGAUCGAAGUCGUCCCUGAUCCUGAGCAGCCAGGAAAAAAUCUCAAACUGAAACUUAUCGGGAAGGAAUCUGUCAAGGGCGCCCUAACCGCGGUAUCGGGUAUUGGCGGCCAGGGCUUCUUGAUCAUUGCGCAGGGGCAAAAGUGCAUGGUGCGAGGCCUGAAGGAUGAUGGAAGUCUGCUGCCCGUCGCGUUUAUUGACGUGCAGUGUUAUGUCAGCGUCAUUAAGGAAUUAAAGGGGACCGGCAUGUGCCUUAUUGGGGAUGCUUUGAAAGGAUUAUGGUUUACAGGAUACUCGGAGGAACCUUACAGAAUGACGCUCUUCGGCAAAGACUUGGACGAGCUGGAAGUCGUCACUGCCGAUUUCCUGCCUGAUGGCAAGAAGCUCUAUAUUCUUGUUGCAGACAGCGACUGCAAUUUGCAUGUGCUACAGUAUGAUCCAGAAGAUCCCAAAUCUUCCAAUGGCGACCGACUCCUGAACCGCUGCAAAUUCCACAUGGGCCAUUUUGCCGAGACAUUGACUCUCCUUCCACGUACUGCAGUCUCAUCCGAAGUGGCAGUCAUGAACUCCGACUCCUCCAUGGACAUAGACGCCUACGUGCCACUCCACCAAGCACUCAUAACAACUCAAUCAGGCUCAAUGGCAGUGGUGACGUCUGUAUCGGAAGAGUCGUAUCGGCGACUUUCGGCUUUGCAGUCUCAACUCAGCAAUACGCUUGAACAUCCAUGCGGUCUUAACCCGCGUGCAUACCGGGCCGUUGAGAGUGAUGGCGUCACAGGUCGUGGCAUGAUUGACGGGAAGCUUUUGAUGAGAUGGUUGGAUCUCAGUCGAUCAAGAAAAUUGGAGAUUGCUGGUAGAGUGGGUGCGGACGAGUGGGAGAUCAGGGCUGAUCUGGAGACGGUCAGCGGUGCGGGACUUGGGUACUUGUAA